AUGGCGGCGGCCGUGGUCGUGGCUGCAGGCAGAGCUCUCCUGCGGGCGGGCACUGACCUGCUGCGACGAGACAGAGUCCGGGAGCUGCUCCCGCCGCGACUUGAAGUGGGCACCCCCGUCCCGCAACCCGACUUCAGCCUCUCUCAAAACCGGGGCACGGUCACCGUGAAGCGCUGGUGGAAGGUGCAGCUGGCUGGAGAGGGCCGAAAGCCGCGCUUGAAUCGGCUACACCGCGUUUAUAAGCUAGUGGAGGACGCUAAACAUCGGCCCAAGGAAAACCUGAAACUUAGCCUUACGCAGUCUGUGGAGGAACUUGGAGUCCGGGGUGACCUGGUCUCGGUGAAGAAAUCUGUGGGUCGUAAUCACCUCCUUCAUCAGGGAAUAGCUAUAUAUGCAUCCCCUGAAAACAAGAAGCUAUUUGAAGAGGAGAAAUUGCCGAGACAAGAAGGAAAAUUACAGAAGAUCCAGACCAAGGAAGGUGAGGCGAUGGUGAAAUUUCUAAGAAGCUGUCAUCUUGAGGUGGCAAUGAAGAACAAAGUCAAAUGGGAACUGAACCCUGAAAUAGUUGCCUGCCACUUUUUCAAGAAUCUUGGUGUGGUGGUCGCCCCACAAACACUACAGUUACCAGAAGAGCCUAUCACACGGUGGGGCAAGCACUGGUGUAAAGUGACUCCCAGCAUCCCAACUUGGACCACUAGAUGUAUGAAGAUGCAGGGAAGAGAAAUUGGGCAGAAUUCAAAGGCCCUGUAGUGGGAACUACCUUGGCAUGCUGGAGGCACAGAAAAAAAAUCUGUGUGGCUGGAGCCUAGUGAAGGAAAGAAUAGCCAGCGUCCAAGAGGUAGAGUCUCUGACAGCCUUGCGUUCUAGGAGAGUUGUUUGAAUUCUGUGUCCACAGGAGACCAUGGAAAGGCUUGAGGCGGGAGAGUGACAUCCUCUUGAUUUCAGUUUCUCAAAAGCUCACUAGCUACAUGGAGAAUGAAAUCAGGGAGCAAGGACAGACGCCGCUUUGGGGCUGACCCCAAAGCAAUUUCCCAUCACUUCUACCCUUUUUCCUGAUCCUGUUGAGCUUGAGUAGCCCACAUGACCCUGGUCAGGCCUGAGAGACACAGGUAGGGAAGACUUCCAAGAAAGCUUUUCAUUCCUGAUAAAGAAGAGAGUCACCAGUGUAGCUCUCUGCCUGGCUCCUACCUGGAAUGAAAUGACACCUGGGAAUGCAGGAGGUCUGCAACUAUGAGGCAACAGGCUACAGCUGGCAGAAUAAAGAUGGACAGAGUAAACAGGACAGUUAGCAGAGACCGGGUGAGGAGUGACUGAGAGUGGUAAGCGACAUGGUGUCUCGGACAAAGGUCAUCUCCCUACAGGUCUUCCAACUUGUAGUCUUAGUUUCCCCUGACCUGUCUUCCAUACUGUC